GCGCGUCGCCGGGAUUGGGGUACUCGAGAGGUGGCGUGGCUGGGGCUCUUCCGAGCGCGCGUGACGGCCUCAACUGGGCCGAACAACCUGGGAAUGGACCUCUCGCUUAGGGGCUGAGCGUGUCCCUGGGGCUGGACAUCUCAGAGUCCUGGACCUUUGAUCCAUCCCCUUCACCGCGCGGCCCGAACUGUCAUCUGUCUCUACAUCUGGGUCCGGCUCAGUGUGGUUGGGGGGGUGGGGAGUAGUCGACAUUUUCUCAGGGGCCUCCGGCAGUGAGUUCACAAUGACCUUCCGAACUUUAAGUGACUUGAGGGAGGAGGAGGAGAUAUGGAUUAUCUGUAUUUUAGAGAACAUCUGUUUGUAUAAAUAAUAACAGUUUCCUUGGUUUACAAAUAGGCCUCAUCUACACCAGAUAACACUUUCAGGUUAAAGCUGCAAUUUGAAUUCCGACAGUUUCCUUGGGAGCUUUGGAAUCACAAUUGACAGGGGACGACAGGAUCCCCGAAGGGUACGCCUUAAUCUGAGGUGCCCUCCUUCUCCACGCCACAUUUGAUAAGAAUAUAGCUUUUUGGAGCUUGGCUGCUGGAAGGCAGUUGGCCAUCUGUCCUCCCUGCAGCUGCCCCCAUUCCAGUGAUAGGUGGUUUUUAUGUACUGGUGAAUGUCUACCUUAAGAGCACAGAGGUUGCGUUGCAGAGUUACCCAGGUGGUACUGGUUUUGAAGGCAUGAAGGGGUCAUGAAGAGCAGCGGAGGCUCAGCACUGAGAGGCCGAAGGCCAUUGGUGAAGGUGCAGCCUUAGUUGCAAUUGAUGGCCCAGGAGUGAAGGGGUCAUGCAAAGGAGUUAAGGCUUGACACCAUGAAGAGAGCCUAUGAGAGGCUAUUGGUGAAGCCUAGUUAAAACGGCAGACAUCAGUGUUUUGGAGAUGCCUGUACCAUGAGAUGACCACCAAGACCAGCAGCAGUAGUGGAGUACAGGCAGCUGGAUCCUAGAAUACAAGGUGUGUGCUAAAAAGGCAGGGCUGGAGAAGUGACCCAAACCCUUGGAGGAGCCCAGAAGAUUGUGAGUGGGUUCCAGACAUUGGAUGAUUGUAGUUUGAUUUUUGCUUUUGAUUGUGACUGUGCCCUGAUAUUUUUCCCUCUUGAAGAAAGUAUUUUAGUGGAGCCCAGUUAAGAAACUUUGAAUUUUUAAGACUUUGAAUUUUAAAAGAUAUUGGACAUUUUAAAGAGAUUGAACUUUUAAUAUGUAAAGACUGUGGGACUUUUAAAGUUAUGUAGAUCGUGGGGAUGAAUAAGAAAGUAAGGGUUGAGGCUUAAUAGUGAUGUGUUUGUGUGUCAAGUUGACAAGGGGUCAAUUGCUGGUUUUGUGUCAACUUGACACAGGAGUUAUCACAGAGAAAGGAGCUUCAGUUGGGGAAGUGCCUCCAUGAGAUCCAGCUGUGGGGCAUUUUCUCAAUUAGUGAUCAAGGGGGGGGAGGGCCCCUUGUGGGUGGUGCCAUCCCUGGGCUGGUAGUCUUGGGUUCUAUAAGAGAGCAGGCUGAGCAAGCCAGGGGAAGCAAGCCAGUAAGAAACAUCCCUCCAUGGCCUCUGCAUCAGCUCCUGCUUCCUGACCUGCUUGAGUUCCAGUCCUGACUUCCUUUAGUGAUGAACUGCAACGUGGAAGUAUAAGCUCAAUAAACCCUUUCCUCCCAAACUUGCUUCUUGGUCAUGAUGUUUGUGUAGGAAUAGAAACCCUGAUUAAGACAGUCAACAAUCACACUUUUUCAGUUCAGUACUUCUUAUUGGGUCUAACACAGCUGGGCAUAGUCAGAUGGGGGAGGUGUUGGCCAGACUCACAGUACCCUUGUAACCAAACUUGGAACAAGCAAGUGCAAGCUGUGACUUAUUUACACUCCACUGAAGUCUUUAUGAUAUGCCUUCCUGCGGGGUUGGUGAAUAUCUGUGGGGCAUUUUCCUUGUCGAUGAUGCUGGAGGGCCCAGUUCACUGUGGGUGGGGCCAUCCCUGGGCAGGUGGUCCUCGGUGCUAUAAGAAGGCAGACUGAGCAAGGCGUGAGGAGCAAGCCAGUCCAUGAGGUUUAAAGCUCUCCAUGGCUGGCAAGAAAUCAUCAGGCAGGCGGUCUCUGCUGCUUCUAGGGCUGCUGGUCACCGUAGCCGCCAUCCACCUUGUUGCCUGUCCCUACACCAAGGUAGAAGAGAGCUUCAACCUACAGGCUACACACGACCUUCUGUUCCACCAGCUGGAUACGGACAAGUACGACCACCAUGAGUUUCCUGGAGUUGUUCCCAGGACAUUCCUCGGGCCGCUGUUGAUCGCAAUGUUUUCCAGCCCUGUGGUCUAUGUGCUCUCACUGUUGGAAGUAUCCAAGUUUUAUUCUCAACUGAUAGUCAGAGGAGUCCUUGGCCUUGGUGUGAUUUUUGGACUCUGGACAUUACAAAAGGAAGUAAGACAGCGGUUCGGGGCCACGGUGGCUGUCAUGUUCUGCUGGAUAUCAGCCACACAGUUUCAUCUCAUGUUCUACUGUACGAGGACACUCCCCAACGUGUUGGCCCUGGCUGUGGUUUUGCCAGCCCUCAGCGCCUGGCUGCAGCGCAAGUGGGCCCGCUUUGUCUGGCUCUCAGCCUUUGUCAUCAUUGGCUUCAGGGCUGAGCUGGGCAUGCUGCUGGGCAUCAUGCUGCUGCUGACCUUGUACCAGAGACGAAUGUCCGUGGGCAGACUGCUCCGACACGCCGUCCCAGCAGGGGUUCUCUGUCUAGGGCUGACAGUUGCUGUGGACUCCUUUUUCUGGCGAUACCUUGUAUGGCCAGAAGGAGUGGUGCUGUGGUACAACACCGUCCUGAACAAAAGUUCCAACUGGGGCACCUCCCCACCCCUGUGGUAUUUCUACUCAGCCCUGCCUCGAGGCCUGGGCUGCAGCCUUUUCUUCAUACCCCUGGGUGCAGUGGACAGGAGGACCUAUGCGCUGGCCCUGCCAAGCCUGGGAUUCGUGGCUUUAUACUCACUCCUCCCACACAAGGAGCUGCGGUUCAUCAUCUAUGCCUUCCCCAUCCUCAACAUCAUGGCUGCCAGAGGCUGCGCCUAUGUCCUGAACAAAAAGUCUUGGCCAUACAAGGUGAGAGCUCUGCUGGUGACAGGACAUAUCUUAGUGAAUGUGGCAUAUACAGCCACAUCCCUCUAUGUGUCCCAUUUCAACUACCCUGGUGGCGUUGCCAUGCAACGGCUACAUGAGCUGGUGCCACCUCAGACAGAUGUCCUUCUACACAUCGAUGUGGCUGCUGCCCAGACAGGUGUGUCACGGUUUCUACAGGUCAACGAUGACUGGAGGUAUGACAAGAGCGAAGACGUCCAACUGGGAGCAGCGGGCAUGCUGGACUACACCCACAUCCUCAUGGAGGCGGUGCCUGAGCACCUGGCCCUCUACAGGGACACGCAUCGAGUCCUGGCCAGUGUUGAGGGCACUACAGGUGUGAGCCUAAAUCUGAUGAAACUGCCACCCUUUGAUGUCAACCUGCAGACAAAGCUGGUCCUUCUGGAGCGGGUGCUUAGGCCAGCCUGAGAGGACAGGCGAUCUCCCAGUGCAUCAAGUGUGGUCACCUUCUAACUCAGUAAAGACAGUUCAAGAAAACAGCAAAGACCAGGGACUUCCAGCAUGCCCCUGUUGUUGGCCUGCAGCAGGCAGGCCAGGCCCUACAACAGCCACACCUGAGGCACAGACAGGGCUGAGAGUGUGGAGCCAAGGACCCACCACCAAGUGUGGGAGUGACCUGCUCAAGCCUGUCUGCAUGGUUAGGUGGCCCACAGCAUUGUGUAUAUUCAUACUGGGAGCCAUUUAUAACUAAGGACAGCGAGUCAGGCCUGAACACCGCCACCCUAGCUCUGCCAUGACCCUCAGUGUAUGUUUCUUGCCUCUGUAAACCACACUUUUUGCCCAUGGCCUCAGGAUACCACACUAUAAACCAGGUCUUUACAGGAUAGACACACACACCACCAAUUACGGCAGCUCUUACAGACCAAGGCGUGUUACCUCCAUUUCAGAUUAAUUCUGAGGACAUAUACAUGUUCAUAAAAGAACGGAAAUAAAAAUUGUUUUCUUA